AAUCGUUGACAGCGAUGCCAUCGUACACGGUGACCGUCGCCACAGGGACGCAAGGCCGGGCGGGGACCGAUAACUACAUCUCCAUAACGCUGGUGGGCACCGAGGGGUUUAGUCAGAGGACUCGAUUGGAAAAACCUCAGCACGAUGACUUUGAAAGAGGAUCGGUGGAUUCCUACCCGAUAACUGUGGAGGAGGCCCUGGGUGAGAUUAUGUUGGUGAAGCUGGAGAAGAAAAAGUACUUAGCAAAGGACGACUGGUACUGUAGGUACGUCUCGGUGAGGACUCCAGGCGGAGACAACAUGGAAUUUCCAUGCUAUCGCUGGCUGGUGGAUGACAAGGAAGUUGUACUGCGGGAUGGGCGAGCUCGAUUGCCUCAGGAUGAUAAGACGAACCUGCUCAAGCAACACAGAGAAAAUGAGCUGGAAAUAAGACGCAAAGCUUUCAGAUGGAUGGAGUGGCAGCCAGGAUUUCCUAUGAGCAUUGAUGCAAAGAGACACCGAGAUUUGCCCCGGGACGUUCAGUUUGACAGUGAAAAAUCAGUGGAUUUCGUGCUGAACUACAACAAAGCAAUCCAGAACCUAUUCUUGAACCACUUCAUACACAAGUUCCAGUCAUCCUGGAAGGACUUCGAUGAUUUUAAAAAGAUCUUCAGGAGGAUCAAAAACACUAGCUCAGAGUAUGUGAUGCAACACUGGAAAGAGGAUUUCCUGUUCAGCUACCAGUUCUUGAACGGCUGCAAUCCUGUCCUCAUCCAAAAGAUCAGCAAAAUUCCUGACAAGUUUCCCGUCACCAAUGAAAUGGUGGCCGUCAGUCUGGAGAGGGAAUUGACCCUUGAACAGGAAGUGAAGGCCGGUAACAUCUACAUAGUGGACUAUGACGUGUUAGAUGGCGUCAAAGCAAACGAUACAGACGCCCUGACCCCACAAUACAUGACCGCUCCCAUCUGUCUUCUGUACAAGAACACACAGAACGAAAUCUUGCCAAUAGCAAUUCAGUUGGGUCAAACUCCAGGUGAGGACAACCCCAUCUUCCUGCCUACAGACAGUGAGCACGACUGGCUGUUGGCAAAGAUCUGGGUGCGUUCAUCCGACUUCCAGCACCACCAGACGGUCACGCACUUGCUCAGAACACAUCUGAUUUCUGAGAUGUUUGCUAUCGCCAUGUUCAGACAGCUCCCUGCUGUCCACCCCGUCUUCAAGCUACUCAUUCCACACAUCCGUUUCACCAUCGCCAUUAACACCAAGGCCAGAGAGGAGCUUAUCUGUGAGCGGGGUCUCUUUGAUAAGGCAAAUGCCACAGGUGGAGGCGGUCACGUCCAAUUGAUUCAGAAAGUCAUGAAGACCCUGACCUUCAGGUCUCUCUGCUUCCCGGAUGAGAUCAAAGCUCGGGGUGUGGACAGCAAGCAGGAGCUGCCCUCCUACUUCUACAGAGACGACGGCAACAAAGUGUGGGAGGCCACUAAGAGCUUUGUGUCCGACGUGAUCGACAUCUACUACAGUAGCGAUGAAACAGUGCAGGUAGACGAAGAAAUUCAGGCUUUUGUCAAAGACGUACGUGACUAUGGUAUGAGAGACUUCCAUCAAUGUGAGUUCCCCGAGUCGCUUAAAUCCCGCGAGGAACUGAUCGAAUAUUUGACCGUCAUCGUGUUCACGGCUUCGGCCCAACAUGCAGCAGUCAACUUCGGACAAUACGACUGGUAUUCCUGGAUUCCCAAUGCUCCAUCAACCAUGCGGAAGCCCCCGCCCGAUCGGAAAGGUUCUGCGGAUAUAACCCUCAUCAUGGAGAGUCUUCCGGAUCGAGGACGCUCCAGCUGGCACCUGGGGGCUGUCUGGGCACUCAGCCAGUUCCAGAAGAACGAGCUCUACUUGGGAAUGUACCCUGAUGAGCACUUCCUGGAAAAAACGGUGAAAGCUUCUAUGGAGAAGUUCCGGAAGACUCUGAAAGAGAUCAGCUGCGACAUCAAGGCGAGGAACUGCCAACUGAAAUUCCCUUACUGCAACAUGUCGCCUGAUAAGAUACCCAACAGUGUCGCUAUUUAACUUAGUGGCUGUCGUUGUUAAAAAUAAACUUUUUGAAUUGAGCACACACUACAACACCUGCAACACUUAAAGGGCAGGUGAAGAGCUUUUUGGAUUUUGGUGUAAUUUUACAAAUAUAAACUUUGGACAAUUUCGUCGAAAAAAAACAUGUAAUUUCUAACGUGUAACUGCAAGGAUAUUUAAAAAAAAAAUUUUUAGCACUUCGUCAUUACUGCAUUACCAAACCCGGAAAUGUGAUGUAAAUUCCCGAACGCAACAGAAGACUAUCCCCAGCGAGCCUAGCAGCAGCAGCAGCGAUAUCAGUGAUAUUUCCUCCGUAAGUAACCUUCAGGAUCGCUGUCUCGUGACGCUAACGAUGGCAAAGGCUACCAGGAAAGAUCAUCCACCAUUAAUUCCGUUUGAGCCUGAGGCAUCAGAUGACAAUGAUUUACUCGACACAGCAGACGUUGGUAAUGACGCCGGUUGGCAGCUCGACACUUGGCGAAAGGCCUAUGUCUAGCAUCGUAAUUUCUCACUUAACCUUUGUUUCCCAUGUCAUUCUGUGAUAUAAUUAUCAUUAAUCGAAUAAACAGACAAGUCGUUACAUUUAUUACUAGAUCUAUAUAUGAAAUUGACAUGAAUAGACAAACCUAAUGACAGGCAAGCAACAGCAACAAAAAAACAGGUUGCGCUCAAGUAAUAAACGUAUCAAAUUGACAUGAGUAGACAACCUGUCAGCUGUCUAAUGACAGGCAAGCAACAAAAAAAAAAAAAAAACAGGUCGCACUUCAAGGAACAGGCAGUUGGUUUUGCCCUCCUAUUAUAGUGAAAAUUGCAUCAAAUUUUAGAAUCAGAAAAGCCAGUAAGGGUCUACUUACGUCUUUGAAAAACCAAGGUUGUAUCAUCUUAGGCUUUCAAAGCUGUCGUUGCAGAAAUGUUUAAAACGAAGAUGCGAUCGAAGAGCCGUGGAGAAGUUCUUCCGCUCCACUCUCACAAAAAGAUGUCCAAAUCCUAGCAGAAGUUUUUUUUGGCCUCGAGCCUUCGUGUGAGCAAUUCAUCGCUACACAUCGAGAUGGCAUAAGGAAUCUCGCGAGUAAAACCCAAAAAAUGUUUGCAAUAAAUGGUGAGAAUAGCAUGGUGCUAUACUUUCGUAUUGGAGUGCUGUCGAGGAGUUCGGGAAUUGACGUCAUCAGGUAGCUGCCGGCAGCAAGGCGCGUCCCUCGUUGCUAAGGUGUUGCUAUGGCAUUAACUCAAAAACUACGUGGCCAAUAAAAAAAAAACUUUUUGGUAAUGUGAGUUUUGAGACAGCGAAUGAUGCAUUCAAUACAAUUUGACAAAGUAAAAUGCCCAUAAAUUUAAGUCUUCACCUGCCCUUUCAGACUAAGGAAAUCCAUUAACAACUCAUUGGCUGCGCUAAACUUCCAAUCCAUUUGAAGUAGGAGGGUUGGCAGCAAAUGAACAAACAUUUGCUGCCACCCUCUCCACUUCAAAUGUAUUGGACAUCUACUCGCCAUCAGUGUUGUUAAUAACGGCGUUAGAGUAUAACGGCAUUACUAACAGCAUUAUUUUUGUCAGUAGUGGGUGUACUUGCCGAUGCUACAAUAUAAUAAUAAUAAUAAUAAUAAUGUUUUUGUUUUAUCUUACCAAGAGUUUCAGAGCCUCACCAAUAUAUUGAAAAAUAUAUCUAUAUAUUAGGGGUGUGACGGCACACACAAGUCACGGUUCAGUACAGCAGGAAAAAGGCAUUUCAAAGUUAGUUUGUAUACCAUUACAUUCUUAUAUAGGUGAAAAAAAUGUUAAAAAAAAAAAAAAAUGUUGGUAUGUUGCUAUGUUUUUGGGGAAUGAAAAAGUUCACUUCAAUCAGUUCAUAUAAACAUGUUUGAUGUGAAAGAUGUUAUAGAAUGGAUCAUGUAAUAAAGAACAGGGGUCAGCAACCUUUUUGGUGUGGAGUGCCACUUUCAAAUUUUCUUGUGAAUCAGUGUGCCACACCAAGAUUAAUGAUGCACAUCCGAAGUUUUAUUUCCAACAGAGCUGUAAUUUUACUCCAAAGAAAACAACAUGGACAUACAUUAAAAUCCUACAACUACCAUUCUUCUUAAUCAGUUAACUAAAAAAAUAAAUGCAUUGUAGAAAAUAUCAAAACUUGAAAAUAAGUGCAACAGUAAUAACAACUGUCCAGCAGGAUCAUCUUAUGUAAACAUAUCACACACACACACCCCAGCAACAAGAAAAGGGGAACAGGUGUGAUUCUCAGUGCAGGUCUCUCACAGGACUGAGUGGGCUGUUUUAACCUUCAAAGUCAGAACAGGCAACUCUUAGAUUUUGUCUUGUUCACAAACAUUACAAAUAUAAAAGAUGCCUAUGUGAUCCAUUGCCCUGUUUUCCAUGAAUUUUCAUUUUUUGUCUCUUAGUGGCAUUUGACACUUGUUGUGAGACACAACACUUUCGAGGCAUAAUGCACAAACAGCUAGC